AUGCUGCCGGCUCCGGCAGCCAAGCGGCCGCCGCCCCCCACCCUGCUCUGGCCCAGCCCCCCCCCGGCUGCCGCCGAGCCCCCCUGGGCCUGGGUGCUGCCUGGGAUCGUCCGGGUCGGUGCCGCCGGGGCUGCCCCCCCAGCCCCGCCGCCCCCGCUGCUGCUGCCGCCGCCCCCCGCCCCGUUGCUGCGGGCCGGGCCGGGCUGGCGCGUCCCCGGAGAACCGCUCCUGCCGCUGCUGCCCGCGGCAGAGCUCCUCCACGGGCAGUGGAUAUUUGGAGCUCAUUCUCCAGUCAUAGGAUUUUCACCUUCUUCAAGCGUUGAAUUUGUUCCUGUUCUCCCACCUGUGUACACAUCUACGGUUCCGCCUCACGCUGGGAAAAACUGGAUCGAUAAGAGGCUGCCCAGCUGCAAAAUAUACUUGAAUAAUGCAUUUGCUCUGGAUUCAGCAUGGAUGCAUCCUGAGGAAUCAAGGCUCUUCCAGGGAAAUGAGAAACCUCUGUUACUGACCAAUCAAGUAGCUAUGGCUGUAGCCAGGCCAGCUGCUGCCUCCAGGCCUCUUCCCACCGUGGUGCUGACACCCCAGCUGAUACCAGGUGGUUGCCAGAGCAGCCUUAAAGCAGUUGGUGGCAAUCAGAGCCUGGCAUUGGCCACCACAGCCAGGGUGUCGGUGGAGCCUGACCCUCCCCAGGGACCUGCAGCGCCCAGCAUCCAGCCCUGCCACAUCCUCACCUUCUCCCCCAUCAAGAUUCCAGUCCUGGCUUCACCAUUCCCAGGUUCUGCCUCUAGGCUGGAUGCUCAUGUGGGUCCUUUGAUGCCAACACAAGUCACCAGAGUGACGGCUGUGGCUGCACCAGCCCUGACGUUCAUGGCCACCAACCUGAUGGAUCCAGCACUGACAGAUAACGGCAAAGAACCGAGGAGAUCCUCCUGCCCACCGACCUUGAUUUUACACACAGAGAGGAAGAGAGUUCCUGUGGACAACGGUGGUGAUAAGGAUCAUUCUUUUAAACUAGUAAAUGAGGACAGCAGCCCAUCAAACGGCAACAAGCCGGUGGCAUCUGCUCCGGUGCCAGGAUCUCCAUGGUGUGUAGUCUGGACUGGAGAUGACCGGGUCUUCUUCUUCAACCCUACAAUGCAGCUGUCAGUCUGGGAGAAGCCAGUGGACCUGAAGCACCGCGGCGACAUCAACCGGAUCAUCGAGGAUCCUCCCCACAAGCGCAAGCUGGAAGCUGCAGCAACAGAUAAAUGUGUCAGUUCUUGUCCAGGGGAUGAAAAUGAUGAUCUUAGCAUCAAGACUAAGAGAAAUAAAACAGAAGAUGCCCAAGCUGCUGACCAGGGGAAGGCUGAAACAGAGGAGAAAAACGAGGAGGCAUCAGCAGGGCAGGUCUCCCCUCCCCUGGAGGAGCGCAUCACUCACUUCCGAGACAUGCUGCUGGAGAGGGGGGUUUCAGCAUUUUCUACGUGGGAGAAAGAGUUGCACAAAAUAGUGUUUGAUCCACGCUACCUUCUGCUGAAUUCCGAGGAACGCAAACAGAUAUUUGAACAGUUUGUCAAGACCAGGAUCAGAGAAGAGUACAAAGAAAAGAAAAAUAAACUGUUGUUAGCCAAAGAAGAAUUUAAAAAGCUCCUUGAAGAAUCCAAGUUAUCACCAAGAACGACCUUUAAAGAGUUCGCAGAGAAGUACGGACGAGAUCAGCGGUUUCGCCUGGUUCAGAAGAAGAAGGACCAAGAGCAUUUUUUCAACCAGUUCAUACUUAUUCUUAAAAAGAGGGACAAAGAAAACAGGAUAAGGCUACGGAAAAUGAGAUAAAACCUGCUGGAACUGGCAAUAAUGACACAAGUCCGUGCUGUGGCUGCAGUCAGAAAUUUGAGGGAAGGCUAAAGCAUUUGGGGCUAAACUGGCAACAGCUUGGUGAGGAAGUGGAAAUCCCUGGGAAAACUUUCUCUAAACAGAGCUUAUUGACCAUAUAUUGAAUGUGUGAAGGUUGUUCUGCAGGAAUAUGAAGGGUAUUUUGUUCUCAAAGAAUUAAUGUUUCAUAUUGAAGCUCUCUUUUGUACAACAUCCAGAGUUUGAUGCAUUUCUAAUUGCCGUGAUAUGUCAGUCCCUUAAUUGUUUUAAUUAUGCAAAUUACUUGUAAUAUACACAAAUUAUGAAUCCAGUGCAGAUUUGUAAUUAAGCAGGGGCAGAUGCCAUCCAUAACAAUAUCUCAAGAUACUUUCUUCAUUUAGGGGAAUUAUCUAAAGCAGUCUUUGGGCAACUUUAUGCAUUAACAGAAAGUGUUUGGAGUAUGGUGGUAAGCAGGAAUUCAUCACCCCAUGUUCAUAUGUCUCUGUCCAGUUCUCUGAGUAGUAGUAAUAAGAUAUUAAUUGUUAAUCCAGUGAAGAGUGUGGAAAUCUUGGCAUUUGUUCCUUAAGAAAACUUCCCUGAGUAAGAAAUUGCUUUCUCCUUGCCCUGGAUGGUGCUUUCGGGCACCGGGGUGACAGCACCACUUCUCCGUCCGAGUUCCUAAGAGAAGUUCUUUGGUAAAACCAUCACAGUGUGAUUUCAGUUAUGUUACUGUAUGUGAAAAGUCUG